AUGGACGAAGCAGAAGCAAUCGCGACGUUGCUCGCCGUGACAGGUACAACUCCCGAGUUGGCUAGGCAGUACGUUCAGCUUGCCGAUGGUGAUGCAAACCAAGCCGUGCAGUUGUUCUUCGAGAACGGCGGAGUCGACCUGACUGGUUCUUCCUCGUCACAACCUCCUGCUGCAUCAACAUCGCUUCAGUCUGGUCACGUUCAUGAUCCCAUCAACCUCGAUGAUGACGAACUUAUUGCCGAUGAUAACGAUCCAGAAGCCAGGGAUUAUCCCAGAGAUCCUGAUCGGAGUCGACCGUCGGCACCAGCUGCUGCCCCAGCACAGUUUGAGGAUGAUGAGGCUAUGGCUAGACGUUUACAGCAGGAGAUGUAUAGUGAACCUGGUGGCGAUGAGCCUCUCAGAGCACCCAUCGCCCGACAAUCAGAGACUUUGGUCGGUGCUGGAGACUCUUUGCCCAUGACCGAAGCUGGUUAUGAUGCUGCAGUGGAAGCACGCAUGCGAGCCUUUCAAAACAGACAAAACCGAGCACGUGCAGGUAUCUUCAAUCAACAACAGCCAUCGAGUAUCUGGGAGAGAGAUGGCGAUCCUUCAAGCAAUCCACUUUCAGAAUCGACUGGGGGAGCAUCGGAGGCAUCGCAAAGAAACAACAGACUCGCAAGACUCUUCCAACCACCAUGGGAGUUAAUGUACAAGGGCGAAUGGGAGGAUGCAAGAGAUGAGGGCAAAGAGCAGAAGAAAUGGUUAUUGGUUGACAUUCAAGACCCGUCUAUCUUCGACUGCCAAGCCUUAAACCGUGAUCUCUGGAAAAAUGAAGGCAUCGUGGAAACUGUAAAGGAAAAUUUCGUGUUCCUGCAGUACAACAAGGACGACCCAAGAGCAAGCCAAUACGUUCAGUACUAUUUCCAGGCUUACGAGAGCCAGGAUAUGUACCCUCAUGUUGCGAUUGUCGACCCUCGAACAGGAGAACAGAUCAAGUUGUGGACGCGAAAGAUUCCACCACCACCAGAGUUCUUGAUGCAACUGCACGAAUUCUUAGAUCGCUACAGCCUGGACAACAGUGCACGCAAUCCUGUGGCUAAGCGAAAGUCGGAGGCGAAGAAGGAAAAGCCUAUCGACCAAUUGACCGAGGACGAGAUGUUGCAACGAGCAUUGCAGGCUAGUCUCACGUCACAGAGCCAGGAGCUGAAGUCGCCAGAGAUUGAGGAUCCCGACGAUCUCACCAGAAGUGUUGGUGAUGUUCGAGGCACUAAUCCAUUUACUCUUGCCGAUACUAUGGAAGUCGAUGGAGCAAAGCCAAGCGAAGGACGGGGAUUGAGCGAUGCCGGCCAAGUCUCAUUCACUCAACCGCAUGCCGAACCUGCGGCGGGACCGGGGAUCACAAGAGUGCAGAUCAGACACCCAGCUGGUAGGAUUGUUCGUCGAUUUGCAGAAAGUGACCCUGUACAGCGAAUUUACGAUUUCCUGAAAACCGAGCCUCUAGACGGCAAAGAAGGAGCCGACUUUGAGUUGAUCUCGAUGGGCAAGAACCUCGAUGACGUCCGUCAAGAGACCGUGGAAAGUGCUGGCCUAAAAAAUGGCACAGUCAUGGUUGAAUUCCUGGAUUAG